UCCAGCAGCGGAGGCCAUGGGGGGUGGGGGGCGACGCGCCCGGCUUUUCCCUCUCCUGAAUUUUUCCCCUUUGCAGCAUCAGUAGCACAGAGCCAGCCUCCGACCAGGCGACGCUGUUCCUGCUGCAGCCUGCCGCCGUGCGCUCCCCGCGCGCUCCCCGUGCGCUCCCCCAGCUCGGAAGGCAGCGUUAUUACGCACAAAGAGCGAGAAUCCGGAGGACCGGAGAAGCGGAGCAGCGGAGCAGAGGGCGGCCAGUGAGAGCCAGCGCGCACCGGACGAACAGACCAAGAUGUCUGCCAGAGGAGGGAAGAAGAAAGCCACCAAGCUGUCCCGCUCGGCCCGGGCCGGAGUCAUCUUCCCCGUGGGGAGGAUGAUGAGGUACCUCCGCACCGGGACGCACAAGUAUCGCAUCGGCAUGGGGGCGCCGGUCUACAUGGCAGCCGUCAUCGAGUACCUGGCAGCUGAGAUCUUGGAGUUGGCUGGAAACGCAGCGCGAGACAACAAGAAAGGCAGAAUCACCCCGAGACACAUCAAGCUGGCCGUGGCCAACGACGAGGAGCUGAACCAGCUGCUGCGGGGGGUGACCAUCUCCAACGGAGGGGUUCUGCCCCGGAUCCACCCGGAGCUGCUCUCCAAGAAGAGGGGGGCUCGGGUCAGCCAGGCCUCCGUCCCCGACAAGCAGGAGGAGCGAGCCAAGAGCAAGAAGCCCGUCAAGUCCUUCAAGAAGGUCAAAGGCAAACGAGGCCGCAAGCCAAAGAGCACAGACAACGACAAAGAGUCGGUGCCCAACUCCACCGGCGAGGACGGUCCCGGAGACGGCUUCACCAUCCUGUCAGCCAAGAGCCUGUUCCUGGGACAGAAGCUGUCACUGACGGAGAGCGAGCUGGGGAAGAUCGGAACCAUCAAGGUGGAAGGAAUCAUCAACCCCACCAACGCAGACAUGGACCUGAAGGACGGCGUGGGGAACGCUCUGGAGAAAGCCGGAGGACGCGAGUUCCUGGAGGCCGUGAAGGAGCUCCGGAAAGCACAGGGGCCUCUGGAGGUGGCGUCAGUGGCGGUGAGCCAGGCCAGCGGCAUGGCCGCUCGCUUCAUCAUCCACUGUAACAUCCCUCAGUGGGGCUCCGACAAGUGUGAGGACCAGCUGGAGAAGACGGUGAAGAACUGCCUGUCGGCAGCAGAGGACAAGAAGCUCAAGUCUGUGGCGUUCCCCUCUCUUCCCGCAGGACGGAAUGGAUUCCCCAAGCAGACGGCGGCUCAGCUCAUCCUCAAGGCCAUCUCCAACCACUUCGUGUCGUCCACCAGUUCCUCCCUGAAGAACAUUUACUUUGUGCUGUUUGACAGUGAGAGCAUCGGCAUCUACCUGCAGGAAAUGGCCAAGCUGGACGGGAAGUGAGGCGGCGCCGCGGCCGCCGCUGUUUUUUAACUGUUGUUUGUCUUUGAUGGUGUAAAGUAGGAGGUCCAGCUGGUCUAAUGAGGAAAA